AUGAAAUUGGUUGAUAUUUUACUCUUACUGACUGCGGCAGCAACUGCCAAUGCAAUACUGAUACCGGCUAAUAACGAUGAUUCACCCCAAGCAUCAGGCACUUCAAGCCAAAUGUCUGGUCCAACCAAUGAGCCCAGUCCAGGCACUUCCAAUGAAUAUCAGCAAGAACCAGUGGAUUUAAGCCUUUCCGACCGGAUCCGGCAACAACCAAUGGAUCAACCUAAUCCAAAUACUCCCACUCAAGGUCAACGACCAACUGCAACUGUAACUGGUCCAAGUACUUUAAAACAAGGUCGAAAGCGCAUAAUGGAUGUGAUUGAUUUACUGAUUUCCAGACAAAACCAGCAACGACCAAUGGAUGAAGUUGAUCCAAACGCUUCCAAACAAAGUCAGCAACAACCAACAGAUGUAGCUGGUCCAAGUACUUCCAAACGAAGUCGGAAGCGGCCAAUCAAUGAAAUCAGGCCAAGCAUUUUUAGCCAAGCGUCUGGCUCAACUAAUGAACCCAGUCCAAGUGCUCCAAAACGAGAUCGAAAACAACCGAUUGAUCAACCCAUUCCAAGUACUUCCAGACAAGACCAACAACAACCAAUGGGACAAGGCGAGUCUGCCAAUACUGUUACAAAUCAAAUAGCUGUAUUAGGCCCAAGAUAUCAGAGAAGCUUUAAUCGUAUAAAGAAGAGGCUUGUAGAGUCUAAAAAGAUUGCAAAAGAAAAACGCGAAGAAUAUUGUAAACAUGCAGACCUCAAAUUCAGUCAGCAGCUAGCGUUAGCAAGAGGAGAAGAAAUAUCUGAACCAAGGCACAAUCCAGACACUGAAAAUCAAUUGAAGCAAGAGUAUGAAAAGGCAAGCAGAAGAGUAUACGCUAUCAGACAUGGUCUGAAAGUGUUUAUGGAAAAGCAUGGUUUAGAAUUUGAAGAACCGGGUUCGGAUUGA